AUGCCUGGUUACCAGAAUUUCGUUCGUGAAAAUUGGAGUACUCUUCAGGUGGACGGGUGGGGUGGUUAUGUUCUUAAAGAAAAUUUGAAAUUAAUCAAAAUAGCUCUUAAGGAUUGGCAUGCUUCCAAUACUCAGAAUUUGCCGGCAAAGGUGGCUUCAUUAAAGAACAGACAAGCGGCUCUUGACAGUAAAGGGGAGGAAGUGGAUUUGUCGGAGGAUGAGCUCGAGAUUAAGGCAACGGUGUGGGACUGUGACAGUUUUAAGAGUCCGGGGCCAGAUGGUAUCAAUUUUGGAUUUAUCAAGGAUUUUUGGACUGAGAUGAAGGAUGAUAUUGUGAGUUUUAUAACUGAAUUCCAUAGGAAUGGGAGGUUGUCGAAAGGUAUUAAUUCUACGUUCAUUGCUCUUAUUCCUAAAGUUGAGAGUCCACAAUCCUUGAAUGAGUUCCGACCUAUAUCGUUGGUGGGGGGGAGUCUUUAUAAAAUAUUGGCAAAAAUUCUGGCAAAUAGGCUGAGACAGGUCAUUGGGAGCGUGGUGUCGGAUGCUCAAUAUGCGUUUGUAAAAGACAUGCAAAUUCUUGAUGGUAUUCUGAUCGCUAAUGAGGUGGUUGAUGAGGCUCGUAAAUCCAAGAAGGAUAUGUUGUUGUUUAAAGUGGAUUUUGAAAAGGCGUAUGACUCUGUUGAUUGGGGGUACUUGGAGGAGGUGAUGGUUUCUAUGUCGUUUCCAACGCUUUGGAUAAAGUGGAUUAAGGAAUGUGUUUGUACUGCCACAGCUUCAGUUUUAGUGAAUGGCAGUCCUACGGAUGAGUUCCCUCUUGAGCGGGGUUUACGGCAGGGUGAUCCUCUUUCUCCCUUCUUGUUCUUGUUAGCAGCUGAAGGUCUGAAUGUGCUGAUGAAAGCCUUGGUUACUGCAGAUGUUUUCACGGGGUACAGUGUGGGGGGUGCUAAUCCGGUAGUGGUGUCCCAUUUACAAUUUGUGGAUGAUACGCUCUUGAUAGGGAAGAAAAGCUGGGCAAAUGUUCGCGCUUUGAGGGCUGGUUUGGUUUUGUUUGAGGCUAUGUCGGGUUUGAAGGUAAAUUUCCACAAAAGCUCUCUGGUGGGGGUGAAUAUUAAUGCCUCUUGGUUGUCUGAAGCAGCUUCGGUGUUGGGUUGCAAAGUGGGAAAAAUUCCGUUCCUCUAUUUGGGCCUUCCGAUUGGGGGUGAUCCGCGCCGGUUAUUAUUUUGGGAGCCUGUUGUUAAUCGUAUUAAAACUCGAUUGUCUGGUUGGCAUAGUCGGUUCCUUUCUUUUGGUGGUCGUCUAAUUCUUCUCAAAUUCGUCCUGACUGCACUUCCUGUCUAUGCACUUUCCUUUUUCAAAGCUCCGGAGUAUGGGGGGUUGGGUGUUCGGAGAUUGAGCGAGUUUAACAUUGCUUUGCUAGGGAAAUGGUGUUGGCGGUUGUUAGUUGAUAGAGAGGGGUUAUGGCGUAGGGUGUUGGUGGCUAGGUAUGGUGUGGCGGAUGGUGGUUUGGAGGAUGGGGGCCAGAGUUGUUCUUCGUGGUGGAGGGAGAUAGUCAAGAUUAGAGAUGGGAUAGGCGAGGGUGGAGAGGGUUGGUUUGUGGAUUGUGUUAGGAGGAGGGUGGGGGAUGAAGCUGAUACUGAUUUUUGGCGAGAUUGUUGGUGUGGUAGUGUUCCGUUGUGUGAGCGCUUUAGGCGUCUUUAUGACUUAGCUAUCGAUAAAUCAAUCACGGUGAGGAACAUGUUCUUGUUCGGGGUGGAGGAUGGUGGGGGAGCGUGGCAGUGGCGUCGCCGGUUAUGGGUGUGGGAGGAGGACUUGGUAGAGGAGUGUAGGGCUUUAUUACUAACAGUCUCUUUGCAGGAAUCCGUUACUGAUAGAUGGGUGUGGUUAUUGGACCCGAUUGGUGGCUAUUCUGUUCGUGGGGUACCUCUCAAAGUUACAGUCUUUGCUUGGCGGUUGUUGAGGGAUCGUUUACCUACUAAAGCCAAUUUGGCAAAUCGUGGCAUUUUACCGUUGGAGGCUAGGCUUUGUGUCACGGGAUGUGGGCAUGUUGAAGAUGUGUCUCAUCUGUUUUUGUCUUGUCCUUUCUUUGGUGCUUUGUGGCCUAUGGUGCGGGAUUGGCUUGGUGUAGUAGGGGUAGAUUCUCAUGCUCCCUUGGAUCAUUUUAUGCAAUUUAUUCAAUAUGCUGGAGUCUUGAAAUCGCGUCGGUCUCUCUUUCACUUGAUUUGGCUUCAGUGUGUUUGGGUUAUUUGGAAUGAACGGAAUGAUAGGUUGUUUCGUGGCCGUAAUAGUUCUCUAUCACAGUUGUUAGAUAAAGUAAAAUCAAAUACCCUGUGGUGGCUGAAAGCUCGUAAUGUGGUCUUUACAUUUGGUACUCAUAAUUGGUGGUCGAGUCCGCUUGUAUGUAUGGGUAUCGAUUGA